AUGGAACACUUGUGUCCGGAAAUCAAUCGGUUGGUGUCAUGCUUCACGUGCGGCUCGCAGACGUUGCCGCCAUACCGAUUAUGCGUGGAUGCGCACGUGGGCUGCCCCCCAUGCACCAAGUACUUGUCGCGAUGCGCUUGCGGUUGCCGUUUCCUCAGAAGGUCAAACACGACGUUUGACUGGUUGGUAUCUGCCAUGAAGUUACAGUGUAAGUACCGGACUAAUUAUUUGAACGACGGUCGGUGCUUAUCUAAACCGGGACAAGUCGACUGUUCAAAUAAAUGGUUUUCCGUCCAGGAACUCCGCGAUCAUUACCAAACAGGCUGUGUUAGGAAUUUGUUUACAUGUCCGGUACAGGACUGCGGAUACGUGGCCCGCGUUGACACCAUAACUAAUCAUUACGAAACAGCUCAUGGCCCGUUCGAGUUGCUCAGUCCCAGUGACUACCAACAGGCACCUAAUUGCGUCAUGUUCGAGUUACCGAUCAAGAAGCAGGUUAAAUUAAAAAAGAUUUUCAAUGGAUACUUUAUGUUCAGCGUUAAGCCAUAUCGUCGCAUGCAACGAAACUCCAACUCACUAUUGUCUAUGCAAAAUAUCAAUCCAUCAGACUUAUUUCAGUACAGAUACACAGCGCAAGAGUCGUAUCAGAAUAUGAUUACGAUCACUGUAACAUUAAUGGAGCCUCACAAGUCUCGGUCCAACAUAUAA